UUUUUAUGCAGCGCCAAAUUUUGCCGGUAGAUUUUGAAAAGUUUAGCUAAAACCUUAAUUUGUAGCUGCAUUGGAGAUAAAACGUGCGCAUUCUCAUGCAUCAGGGAGAGAUCUGAUGGAAAACACCUCUGAUUCGGAGGCUCCUAAUUCGUUUCACUCGCUUUCACUUCUUUCGGAGCCUCCCGACAUAAGAAACUGGUUUCCUAGUUAUAGAUAUGAAUCUUUUGUACUGGAUACUUAUGAGUUUAAAGAAAGUGAGUGUGAGGGAGAUGGGUUUUCUUCUGCUGGAGAGAGAAGCAUAGAAAAGGAAGGACAUUUGGGUGAAUCUAGAAGAAACGGUGAAACUGCUGAUAAGCAUGAACACCAAUCUUUAAUUGGGACAACAGAUUCGAUGUGCUCGUUGUCACUCCUUUCCGAUCCACCUCACAUCAGAAACUGUUUUUCUAGUUAUGUGUAUGAAUCUCCCGUGCUGAAUACACUUGAUGAUUUUAAAGAAUCAGUUACUAAACAAAGUGAAUGUGCGAAAGAAGGAUUUGCUUUUGAGGGAAGUAAAAGAAAAAGAGAAGACAAUUAUGAGUCAAGGAAUUCUUGGAACAGCAAUGAAGUUGAUACUGGAGGGGGACUGUGCUCAAAUGGGCUUGUGAAUUGUGAGAAUUCAUUUGAAGACACACGUGUGAACAAACCUUCGAAUGAGAUUCCACAUCCUUCAGAGUCACCUUCAGCUCUUUCUGAGCCACCAGAUAUUAGAAACUGGUUCUCUAGUUAUGUGUAUGAAUCUCCAGGAAGCAAUGGAUUUGUUGAUAAAGAAGCUGAUUGUGAGGAUUUGGUCAAUCAACACAAUAACAACGAGAAAGAAAGGAAUUUGAGGAAAUUUGGACAAACCAGAAUUACUGAUGAAUCGAUUAUUGAUGAGAAAGUAUUCUCAAAAGGAUUUUUUUUCAGAUCCUUGAGAGGUGAUGAGCAGGAAAACCAGUCUCUAAAUAAGGGCAUGAGGGCUCUUGUGAAUGGGAACUCAUCUGCUCGGGAUAAUUUGUGCUGUGAAAGGAGACAGAGCUUGGAAGAUGAAAUAUUUCCCAGUCAUCGGGUAAGUUCAACAAAUGAUCUUGAGAAAGCAAGCUUGAAUGAUGAUUGUCCUCCAUAUAAACCGCAACAGAAGCAAAAUUUCCUCCAAGAAGCUCUUUUAGUAACGUGCCAGAGGAAUACAAAUUCAAGCACUAAUGCUAGGCCAUUUCAAACGAAGUUGAAUCUAAUGAAGGAUCUUGCAGAGAACUUGAAAACUGAGGCUGAAAAGCGAGUAGAUGAACAUCUUGGAUCACCUACAACAAGUCAGAAAUUUGUUCAAGUUGCUGUAGAUUUAAUUAAGAAAUCCACUUGUGAAAACAAUAACAAAGAAAAUGAAGGAAAAGAAGUUCUGGACAGUGGUUUUGUGACAACCAAGAACCGAUGGAUACCAAAUGAAGAGAAUUCUUUGCAUAAGCCACUAAAGAUUUUAUCAGAAUGUUCAAGAAAUAAAAGAAUUACCUCAGAUUGUGGAAACAACGCCAUUGAAAGAAAGGUAUUGUCAGAAAGAACCAAUUUGGAACGUAUCGAUGCCACUGAGAUCACUGGAAAAUGGCGGUGUCCUCAGAAGACUAAGCCGAAUAUUGGACCUCCUCUGAAGCAACUUCGACUUGAACGAUGGGUUCAUAGGUUGUAAAAGUUUCAACUAGGAAAAAAAAAUCCAUGAAAAGGCCGUUUUUUAGACACCAAAUUGUUUAGCCCAUCAACCAUCAAGACCAUGGAGCCCAUUUUGUGAAAUUCUUGAGAAUUAGGUUGUCAAUAAGAUUAUAUAUGGCUUCUUUGUGCGACUUUUCGUUGCUUUGUAUUAUUGAAGGAGAUGGCUGUUUUGAAUGAAAGAGAUGGUUCGCGUA